CUGACACAGCCCAGCAGCUGCCCGCGGCCGCCCUGCUCUCCUCAGGCAGCACGGGGCUGACAUUUCCCAACACUCAGAUGCGCCAGGGUUUCGGGAGACCUUGUGAAUCACCCACCGUGCUCCAUCGGGAGCGUAGGUCCAGAGCGGGAUGGAUGAGAGCAAACCUCUGAAGGUCCGGCUGACGUUCUCCGUGAUCCUGGUUGGCAUCUCCCUCCUGUUCGCAGCCGUAGUGACUGACCACUGGGCCGUGCUGAGCCCCAAAGUGGAGCAAUACAAUGCCACCUGCGAAGCGGCUCAUUUUGGGCUAUGGCGACUCUGUACAAAGCGGAUUUUUAUGCAGGAGCAAGGUCCCAAAGAGAAGGGCUGUGGGCCGAUAAGCCUGCCAGGAGAACUCAGCUGUUCCUACUUCAAGCACUUCACUCCAGGACAGAGCUCGGAGAUAUUUGAAGUCACCACCCAGAAAGAAUACAGCAUUUCAGCCGCAGCCAUUGCCAUCUUCAGUGUUGGCUUUGCAAUCAUCGGAACAAUCUGCAUCCUCUUGUCCUUCGGGAAGAAGAGGGAUUAUCUGCUGAAGCCUGCGUCCAUGUUCUACACUUUCUCAGGUCUCUGCAUCAUCAUCUGUGUUGAAGUCAUGAGACAAUCUGUGAAGAGGAUGAUCGACAGCAAGGAAACAUCUUGGAUCGAGUACAGUUAUUCCUGGUCCUUCGCCUGUGCCUGCUCAUCCUUCGUCCUGCUUUUCAUCUGCGGCAUCGCUCUCCUUCUGAUCGCGCUGCCUCGCUUCCCCCAGAACCCCUGGGAGACCUGCAUGGAUGCGGAACCGGAGCACUGAUGUUCCCAACACCCGUGAAAAGGUCUAGGAAAUGUUCUGGAAAGAUUUGUAUUUUUUAAAAUGUUUGGGUUUCACUAUACAAUGUGCACUCCUUUCCCUGAGUCGUUCCUGAACCGAGGCACGUUGAGUUGUAAUUAUUGCUUUGUUUCUUCUUUUUAUUUCUCCCACCUCUGUUUUUUUUUUUCAUUUAAGGAAGCAGAAAGAGCAUCCGGAGAGGGUUGUGGGUGCGCGGCACUGCUCUGUGCCAAUUUAGGGUGCCCUGCGCCGGUGCGGUUAGGAGAAAACCUACACCCAGCUCAUGCCACAGAGAAGACACCUUUCUUAGGGAGAUGACAUUUGGUGUGGUUAGGGUUUAGAGCAGAACUCUGAGGGAUAUCCGGCUUUUACACCUCGCUCGAUCAAAGAGAGACAGUGAGAAAUUCUAGCUCCAUGACGACCCUGUUCCCCCAUUCAUACCGCACUCCUCUCCCUCUCUCAGAAGGGCUCUGGAAUAAGUCGAAAAAUCCUUAUGCUGUUCUAUUAAACUUUUACAAUUUGGGGAAAAAAAGAAAACCACACCAAAAUCUUUGCCUUUACCUUGCAUUGGGAUAAAAAUUUCGCCUACACCCUGCAGUGCCUUCUUUUGAGUUACACACAAAAGCCCCGCAAGAUACAGUUUUUGUUCUGCUAAAAUUUUGAUGGCAAAGUGAAGAAGUACUGAACAUGAAGAGUGAUAUUUUCCUUUAAUAAAGAGCAUAAUCUUCCAGUAGCAUGAUUUUUUGGAAAAUGAUUUCGAUGGAUGAAUCACUUGGCCCAUCACAUUAUCACAUUCUGCUAGGUCCAGAAUGACAGUGUAAUUCUGGAUGGUAUUUACCAUACGGAGCUCUCGUUUGUUCUCCAUAAAUGGGCUUUUUAAGCGUAACGUGCUUUGCUCACCG